AUGGGAUUUGGUGUUGGGGGUGACUCGCAAUUUGAUGGUCAAGCCGGGGAUUCCAUGGAUACCAACUUAGACGGAGAGACAAGCCAGGAGAACCCUUCGAAGCUAGGCUUCUACCCACCCACUUGGCAAGACACCCUCAGCCUUGCUCGAGAAGUGUUGGACACUGUGCUAUGGAUAUACCACGAGAAGAAGAAUAAACUCGAGAGAGGCUACUUUCCGGAGUACGACAUUGACAUGUGCCGGCUGCUAUGUGACAACCUCUUCACGUUCCGCACAGAGCUCAAGAAGGUCAUUAUCCCUAUUGCAAAAAGGGCAUAUGAUAUCUUCCCACAGGGCUCCAUGACGCGAAAGGAGGAGGCUCAAAAGCAUGUCACCGCAACUGCUGCUAGGCUCCUCAAGAGCGGUGACUACCUCCGGCUCCCUGACUCGUCUGGUGGAUCAUUCAAGAAUUUCACAUUGCAGGCUCUCAAGGACGCUUGUCUUGAAUUCUACUACAGCAACAGCAAGAAAGCACUAAAGAACACGGACGAAUUCCACCGCACAAUCCCUGUCAAUGCGAUGCUUCUUGUAGCAGUGGUGUUGAAGGGCGUUAUCUCUGGCUUUCGGGAGACUGGCACUGACAAGGUUCCUGAUCUAACCGCUGAGCAGUGCAGGAUCCACUUCGUCAAUCUACGGAAAUCAGUUGACAAACUGCUCGACAUUCCGGAGCGCCGCGACGAGCUUGGAGACAUGUUGGACCAAUGGGCUAGGAUUGGCAUGGGCGACUUUGAUGGUUUAUGUGAGCCUUACCAGGCGUAUAUGUCAUAUGUACAGGGGGACUUCCUUGUUUUCAUGGUCACCGUCACUGUGGCUGACCUUUGUUUACAAAUGUUAUCUUCCAGCCCCCGUACCGACAAUGCCAUCAGAUAUCGUGAAUGUCAGGAUUCUGGCCGGUCUUGGCACAAGUCUAUGCAGACUUCAGGCCUACGUCUGGGUAGAAGUCUGGGCACCCCUCGGCACACUCGGCAAAUUCUAGCGGAGUUGAAUCAGCUACUUGCAGGAAUGCUGCCUGUAUGCCCGCCCGUCACCACUGGAGGCGAUGGAAUCCCCCAUUUAGACACCGCUCAAACCAUGUCUGAGCUGCUCAAAUACCUCACUCGGAGCGGUAAUGGCGGGAAACCAAUGGCAAGGCAUUCGUCGUGCUCCUUCUACCGUUGGUAUCUGCAACUACUUGCCUUACCGCACAUCAUGUCAUUAAUUCAAAUGUCAACCACAUCGCCUAGUCCCCCCAGCUCUCAACCAAUCGCCUCCUCUAGCAGUACUACCCUUGCCAUGCUGCCACCCUCCUCAACACAGCCCUCGAGCAAGCGACAAUGCAAGCGGGACGACGAGGAUGUGCACGACAAGGAGGUGCAUGAUGACUUUCUGAUUGAGCAGUUGGAGGAUGGUGGCUUUGGACGUGAGGAGCUCCGUCAGGCAUUGAAUGCCUCUCUCAAAGACCUUGACCUUCCAAUCCCAGAUAUACCAGUUCCUUCUAUACACGACCUAAUAUCUGCACCGCCUGCUCCUAUCCCCCGCGUCCAAUCGCCGAAUGUGCCUUUUGAGGCUGAUCUACCUUCCUCCCCUGCGCUACCUGCACUACCUCACACACCGUCCUCUAGACCAAUGCCGAAGCACCCACGAAUCACGCAACAGAUGGACCCUAUAUGGGUUACUGAUCUACGUGCCCGGGCCCAACAGGAGGCAGAUGAUAAGCGGAUUGAGGAACGCCGCAAAGAGAUGGAACGAGAAGCGAAGCAGCGCUUUGUGUUGCAUUGGUUUGACUCUGACGAUGCCGCUGUCAAGGUUGAAUGGGUGUCCAAGUGCCCUUACUAUCCUCAAUGGCAGCUCGCUGACGAUCCCGAGCUUGUUGCAUCCUUGGGUGCAGAUAUUCACAAGAUCGAAGUCUUUCAGGAGCUCUUGAUGGCAUCAAAAUGUAUCUCACGCCCUCGUCACCUUCGGUUCAACAUGACAGGCGAGCGCGAUGCUGUGCGAAUGAAGCUCAAGGCCAAGAAGGAGCAGGUACUGCUACCAGACCCUGUAGCUGAGGUUGAGGUCAUCGAGACGCCAUCAUCCCCUGCCAUCACAGUCAAGCGUGAACGGGAGGAGAGUCAAGAGCUUACUUCAACUCCUGUGCGGCCACGACUCAUGGUUGAGGACUUCAACAGCCGUCGUGCAAUAUCUAUUUUGCCCACACCCUCUCCACUCCCCCUUCGCAGUCAUAGUGUCAUCUCUCUCUCAUCCAGUCCCCCUCGUGAUACAAUCUCUAUGUCAAUUUUGUCAUCAGCAUCAUCUGUGAUUUCACUUGCAUCCUCGCAUCACUCAACUGCCUCAGUGGAGGUGUCCAGUGCCCCAACACGACAGCAAGCAACCUCCAUCAAUAUACCCACUAUUACUCCCAUUCCUGUCCCCAACUAUGACCCUGCAAAGCCAUCACAGGUGUGGCCCCACAGUAUGCACACCAUCGACAUGGUGGCUGGCUUUCGGCAGAUGGAUGACAAGCUCCUGCGAGCAAGGUACUUUCAGCAUGAGUUGUUCCCUCUCGUAUUCGGAAUCCCCUAUGUCAAGGCCACCUAUCACCACAAUCACAAAAUGUGGCGAGUGACAGAUCACACUGUCCUUACUGAACACGAGGCUGCAGGUCAUACACCAUUGGGUCUUUGGUCGCACUACCUCAGUGCUCGUCGCAGGGCACUUGGGCAGGAGAGCAAGAAGCCUGGCAAGGCCAGGUAA